AUGGUGGUGCUGCGGCUUAUUGGUGACGAGUGGUCCUGGGAGGACCGCAUCGCCCUCGCGGUGCCUCCACAAAGAAUAUUCACGAUGUGCAUCCCGCUGCUGGUGGCAAAGCUCGGGCUGGAGAAAUGGGACGGUCUCAUGCUCUACCGAACAGAGGGAAAGCCGCCAAAGUACUGUCGCCCAACAACGGCCCUAGACAUGUCGAGCAACCCGCAGAGAGAGCGGCUGCGGGAUGGUGCUGUGCUGUGGGUGCGUGUGGCUCCUUCACGUGUUCAGCAGGAGUAUGAACGUGUUUUUCAGAGGUCCCUAGAAGAUUGGCGAGAAAAAAAUGGUCUGAAGGGUGUCACUGAUGAUGGUAGUGAUGUCAAGCGUUUUGUUGAAGAGUUGAAUUCGCGUCUAAAUGCAUCAGACGCAAAGGAUCUGGACAUUGAGGAGAAAAGAUCACGAGACGCCAUAGAAGGUGUGGAACACCGCCUGUUUUCGCACAUGACGUUCACAUGCCAGGAGGGAAAGAGACUGGAGUUUGAGGAGGCACAGAAGCGGGAGAGCCUAGAGACGGCUUUUGCCCUUGCGAUUCAGCAGCACUAUAAGAGUUUUUUACUCCCUAUACGUCGUGAGAGCGUUGCGCAUUUGUGUGCAUUGGAGGGUGAGUGUCGUCGUGCUAUAUAUGAAGCGCAAGAUGAAGAAUGCGCUGCGCUGCGCCGACAAAUGGUGAGUUUUUCACCACGGGCCGUUAGGCAGGAGUCCCCGCUGAAAUCCAACGCCAAAGCGGAACCUAAUAAUUUCAUACGAGACAUCAACUUGACACAGAUACGUGAGAAUUCCGUGGCAGAGUACCACGACGCAGAGAAUCUUCGGAUGAUGGUGCGUGCAGAGUUUCGCAAAUUGCUGGAACCCAUGGAGCAGAUGUAUCGCAAGGAAAUAGCUAUGCUUCAAACGCAACGAGAUGACGCCGCGAGCGGCAGUGAACUCUUCCUCGCACGUCUAGGGCAGUACAUCACCAGUGCGCUCCAUGUUAUUCAGGGCGAGGUGUUGAGGCCCCAAUCGUUUCUGUCGUCGCAGUUACCAGUGCUCAGUACGGAUGGUGUCGAGGCGUUACAACGCUCCCUAGAACAGCAGCAACGUUUGCUCAGGGAAUUGCUGCGGAAAUAUCGUGACCUUGAGGUUCGAACCUCAAUUGAUCUGCACAAUGUAGGGGCCAGGACGACAUUGACUGCGAUACAUGUGGCACAGUUGAACAUGUGCCGUUAUCUUGAAUACCUCCAUGAGCAGCUGUGUAAGAAUCAAGCACCAUGGAAAAAUCUUAUGGAGAUAAAUGAGCGACUUUUGACUGAUAUUACUCGAGUUACGCAGGAAAAUAUGCAACUGCGUAAACUCCAAAAAAAACAUGGUGCCCCUCACAUAACAUCUACAAAUGUUCAUUGUGAAGUCAACUGCCAUAAAGGUCGGGUGCCUGAAGUUCAUACGGAUACAUACAAUAUUCUCUUAGGUUUCGUUUCACGGUGUCUUGGACCACUUGGCGUGGAUACAUCCAACGCUACGGAGUUUGUUAGCGACUUGCUCCUCCAAACUGGCUCCGUGCAGGCUGCUUCGGACGAGCUGUGUUUGGCGUGCAGUGCGCGGGCUCAUCCAAUGCGACGAUUUUUUGUGAGUGAAACAGAAGUUUACACGCCGCAUUUGUGCGCUGUAGUGGAUAUCAUGCUCCAUCUAUAUGCCGGGCGGGAAAUGGAGCUGCUACUAUGGAUUCGACCGGAGCUGGCCUCGCAGGGGAGUUUUGACACGUGCUUGGCUGACGAUGGCUCCAUGUACUACUACCACACAGCUAUUGGUAUGAGCCAAUGGAUCCAGCCGGCCUCUCUGAUGGCUACGUGA